CACACAAACAAAAUUAUUCUCUCGGUCUCUCUCAACUACUAUUCCCGUUUGUAUCGUGUAUGCAUUUACCUCCGCGGUAUUGUUGUCGCGACGCAGUUUACUACGGUACGGUUCAGGAAAUGUUCUUUAAAGAAUGGAUAGUCUUCAUGCAAAUUGCAACUUAUUUCUCCAGCUUCUUCCUACUACGCACACACAAGAUCUGAAGACGCCAAUCUAAAUUCACUAGUGUAGAGAAGCAACCAAUCGCCAUCAUGGCAGGCGGAGAAGGAGCGAAAGAGCGUCGUCGCUUGAAAAGAUUGGCAGCGCAAGAGGCAAAGAACAAACUUGAAUCUACUAAAUCUCCUCAGAAGACAGCACAUGUUGAUCAGAACGAGAAGAAGUACUCAAAGGAUCACAGCAACGGACAUACAACCAACGACUCGACAAGAAACUCCAAUGGUUGGGGGAAACAGAAAUUUAAUAAAAACAAGAAUUUUCAGAACAAAAGCAACGGGAAGAACAAUGCUAAGAAAUUGAACAAACCGAAAAUCAAGAAGCCAAAACAUCUGAAAAGAAAGUUGGAACAAGCUGCACACCAAGAUGUCAAGAUGAGAGAAACGAUUCAAAAAGAGAUCGAGGAAUUCGAAUCCAAGAAGAAGCUGUACUCGAAAAAUGGUAGCCACAAGCGACAGAAAACAACAACUCAUAAAAUGAGUGCUGAAAAUGACAAUGGGAACGAAGAUGCCGUAGAAAGGCUAAACAGAAUAAACRCAAAGAGGACAUAUCRCCAAACAAAUGAAGUUGCCAAUGAUGAUGCGGCAAUCAAACAACCGGCAGUCAUCGAGAACGAAGGUAGCAGCAGGAUGGAAAUUGAAGAAACUGUUGACCCGAAGGCCGAGAACAAGAAUGACAAAAUUGAUUCUGAUAGCACCUCUGAUGAAGGCGACUCAUCUGAUCUCGAAAGCACAGAAGAGAUUACUAUCAAAAACUCCUCUGUAUCUAUUACUAGUGAUGCUAGCGGAGAUAGGUCGGAUCAGGAUUCGUCGGUAGAGGAGGAGGAGAACGAUGAUACUGGAAAUUAUGUUGAAGAUKCUAGCGACAGCUCCGAUGAUUCUGAUAAUGACGAACCCAUACAACACCGCCAACGUGGCCGUCGAAGGCGUGGCCGUCAAGAUACGGCYAAAAAAAUUGAAGAAAUGGAAGCCUUGGAAAAGAGCAGAGCUGCUGUUUCCGCUGAUAGCAAACUCGAAGAUUCGAAAGAAGGAAAGAKUUUYGACAAGGAAAAGAAAAGAUAUUGCAUUGGUAGGAAACCUGUUACAGACUUCGUGAUUGGGCAGAGCUAUUCUGGAAAAGUGGUUUAUGUAAAACCAUUCGGAGUCUUUUUCGACAUUGGUUGCCAUUCGGAUGCAUUUUGCCAUGUAUCGCGCCUUUCUGAUGAUUACAUUGAGAAGCCCGAGUCAAAGUUCAAAGAAGGUGAUGAAAUUCCAAGUGUACGAAUUGUUGAAAUCGAUCGAAAGCAGAAGCGAAUAACUGUAAGUCUACAAUCCGAAAUCAGAAUGAAAGAUGAACGUAAAUCGAUCGAAGAUAGGCAAUUAAGGCGGGAAAAGAUGAAAGAAAAAGCGAAGAAAAAAGUAGUAGCAGCGGCCAGACAGCCUCAACUUUCAUCUAAGAUCAACUCUUUCGGUCAGAAUCCGUCGAGAAGCCAAGGUAAUUUUCAUGACGAAACAACCCUCGCUUCAAAGCGGAAGGAAUCUAUUUACAACAAGGCUCCUGGUGCGCCUCCGAAGAGAAACACCGAUUUAUCGAAAAUGACGCCUGCUGAGCUCAAGAGGGCUAGAAAACUUGCUAGACGAGCUGAAAGGAGAGCCAAAGCAGAGAGCGAAGCUCAAGAAGAUACCAAAUAGAGGUGACAUUUAUCUUGAUAACUAAUACUAUGGUUUAUUAUUGUACGCAUCCCAUGCAAUGAUGCUGUCCCUAUGCGAUUUACAAUAACGAGAACCUGUGGGGUUUAAGCAUGUAAAUCACGAGWACACAGCUAGUGAGCAACAAGCUAAACAAUUUACACUUUAUGGCAAAUACUGAUUAUGACACUGAAGCGCACACGUACAUUUCACGUUUUGURYUUUAUUCGGUUACUACGCGUAAAAUAACAAUUGAACUUUCGU